UCAAAUAAAAAAAUAUUAAUGGACGUUACAUCACAUUAUCCAGUAAACACCGUUACGCCGUGACGUUAGGGGGCGCGCUGACGUCCGUUCACCGUCAAACUGACUGACGUAAACAAACCAACGGAAGGAGCUUCGGGUGAUUCAGACUGUGAAUGGCAGCAUCUUCAUCCUCGUCCUCGGCUGGCGGGGUCAGUGGCAGCUCGGUGACUGGAUCCGGUUUCAGCGCUUCUGAGCUCAUCCCACCCAGGAAAGUCCUGUACACCUACCCGAAAGGAGCCGGAGAGAUGAUGGAGGAUGGAUCUGAUAGAUUUCUGUGCGAGUCUGUGUUCAGCUAUCAAGUUGCGUCCACACUGAAGCAGGUUAAACAUGAUCAGCAGGUGUCGCGGAUGGAGCGUUUGGCCGGACUGGUGGAGCAGUUGGAAGCGGAUGAGUGGAAAUAUAAACCCAUCGAGCAGCUCCUGGGAUUCACAACCUCAUAACUGCAUUCGUACGCAGAUGGAUCAGAUUCUCUGCUCGUAAACAUGUUCAUUAGCCUGGUUUUCCCCAUCUUAAAUGAACUGAAACAAGAGUCAUGAAUGUUACAUGUACUGAAGGUUUAUAUCAUUUUGCACUGGUAUCCACUCGCCAACAUUUUUAGAGUUUUUGUGAUCAUGUGUGUAAAUAUGCAUUGUGUUUUUGGAUGAAGCCUUAGUAAUACUUUAAAAUAACAGAAUACAUGUACAAUAAAAAUCUUUUUUAAGCACAA